GUAGAAAUCGGGUUAAUCGAAAAUAUACAGUCGUUUAAUAUAUAAGUACUAUUGCAUGGAACCACAGGGAACCUGGUCGUUGGUCGCUUCCCGAAAUACAAAUUUCGUUUUCUUUCUUUUUUCUUUUUUUUUUUUUUGAAAUGGCAUAACCCAGUUUUCACGACCUGUGUGAUUUUCUGAAUAGGCCGUCAACCGUAACUACUCGGCCAUUUCCACAAACGAAAACUAUUUUCAUAGGUGACAAUACGUAUAAAGCGGAGCAUUGAGUCGAUUGAAAAUCAUAAUGGAGUCUGUAAAGAUCGCUCUGAUGCUGCUGUUAUCGACAAUGUCAACGGUGAAAGGAUCAGAUGUAAUUAAUGCCUUGGAGGUCAACACCCCGUCAGGCUGGGUCAGAGGUUAUGAAGAAAACUAUGAGAAGGAUCAAGUGUACAGAUUUGUAAAAAUUCCGUUUGCACAACCACCUACAGGAAGUCUACGUUUUCAGAAGCCCCAACCAAUCGGAGAAUGGGAAGGUGUCCAGGGAAUAUCCGAUACAAAUUCUCCUUCCUGUCCGCAGUGGGAUUUUGCUAUGCCCGGAGUUGACAAUUUACAACAAGAUGAAGAUUGCUUAUAUCUCAAUAUCUAUGUUCCUGGCAAAAUAUCAAGGGAACGUAAUCUGUCUGUAAUGGUUUGGAUUCACGGUGGGGCAUUCAUGUUCGGUGGAGCUAGUCAAUAUAAACCACAGAAACUGAUAUUAGGUGGUGACGUCAUAGUUGUGACAAUCAAUUACAGACUUGGACUUUUAGGGUUUUUCACGUUGAAUGAUUCCUUACUUUCGGGUAAUUUUGGUUUGUGGGACCAAAUUGAAGCUCUUCGUUGGGUUCAGAAGAAUAUUGAAGCCUUCGGAGGGAACCCUAAUUCUGUCACUAUAUUCGGAGAGUCAGCUGGUGGAAUGUCUGUCAGUCUGCAGACGUUGAUUCCUUCUAAUAAGGGACUGUUUCAAAGAGCAAUAGCGCACAGUGGUGUAGUAUCUUUCUUUGCAAUCUCAAAGAAGGAUGUAGAGAGAAAAACAGCGAACAUGCUUCUUGAAAAAACCUCUUGUAAUAAUGAAAAAGAUGUCUCUGAAAUUUUGAAAUGCCUUCAGAAAAUCCCAGUUGAAAAUAUUACAAAUGCUAUUACGAUGAUGGAUUUGGAGAUACCAAUGAAUAUGUCCGCGGAACUAGGUGGAUUUGUUCCGAGUGUUGACGGGGAAUUGAUAAAGGAAAAUUUUGCUUAUCCAAGAUCGUCAGAUAACGACAUUUAUAGUUUCUUUCGUACCGUUGAUUUUAUGUCAGGGACACUCAACGGGGAGGGGAAUUUGGUGUAUGUUGGUAUGACUCCACAACUUCAAGAGCAUUUCGAAUUCAAUGUAACAGAGAAAAUUCCAAAGACUGUUCUCUGUGAAAUGACCGCCCCUGUAUUUGUUGAAACGGCUGUUGGGAAUUCCCCUAAUCUAGUGCAAGAAAUAUGUGACUUAUAUACCAAUACGGAGAACGAUGAUGCACAAAGUAACAAAGUUUGUGAAUUCACCGGGGACUAUAUGUUCAUUGUUCCAAGUAAUAUUAUGUUAUCUAUUCACGCCGAGGACAGUACAGGGGCUAAAACAUUCCAAUAUCUGGUAACUAAAGCAAGCCCUAUGCCUUUCGGUGGAGAUCCACCUGCCUGGUUUAAGGGAGCCGGACAUGGUGAUGAACUAUAUCUUUUGUUUGAUUUUUUAAGAACAAUCCCAGAAGAAAAACGUAAGAAGUUUGCCGAUUUAAACCUCCUGUCUGAAAAUGUUGUCCAGUAUUGGGCCAAUUUCGCAAAGUUCGGAAAUCCUAAUAGUGACAAAGUACCAGAAUGGCCAUCCUAUGACGUCAACAGCAAAAGAUACGUCAUCUUAGAUACGCAAAUCACAACAGGUCAAAAUUUGAAACCUGAAGCCACAGCACUACUCAGUAAAAUAAUAGAGAAGGGUCGUCAGAGACUUGCACACGAUGAAUUAUAAUGGAUUAUUUUAGAUUGGAUUUAUAUUUAUUCUAAAUAUCAUAUAUAGGAUAAAACGCAUUUCAACAAAUGUUACUGUUACAGAUGUAAACCAAUCAUAAAAAUGUCAUUCUGUUCAAUAUGAAAUAGCUACAGUUUGCCUGUUAAGGUUUGCUUCUGUAAAUAUUUUGUACUUUAUUUGUGUAAUCUUUCCUUGUUCAAUCAAAAACUUGAAAAAGGAUAGUUUGACCUAACUGGAUGCAAUGUCCUUUGAUUAAACUAAACAUGACUUAUCA